CCAUUUAGAGGUGAAGUUGCCUUUGACCUCAUCCAUCGAUUUUCUCCUUGUCGACCUGCAGGUUGCCCAUGUACAUAACAACACCACCGUCUCUAUGCCGUGCAGUUUUCUUUCCCUUGAUCAGCCAUGAAUGCUCGCAGAGAGGGGGUUGAUGUCCUCACUCAGAGUCCCUUCAACAGCGCGAAGUCUAAUAACCACUAUGACACCUUGCUGCAGCAUUUACGGAAUAACCCAAACCUAGCUUAUAUCCUUGUGACUGCGGUAUCCGUCCUUUUUCUUUUGAGUCGUUUUGGAUCAGUCACUGCCUCGUUGGCUCGUCUUGUCUGGGAUAUCGUCGUCUAUUUGACGCCAUCGCGGAUUGUCGUUGCUCUAGAUUCGAAAGGAACAAAAUCGGACACGACGGACGCAACCCUUACCCCCAUGACGUCCCAGGCUAAAAGCGAGGCUAUGCAACGAAUCCUCGGUCUCGAUAAUACCUCGUUCGCGUCUCUCCUCCCUCGUGCCACCGCCUUCUCGGGACUCAGCACCGCACUACUAGGUAGCAAGGAUAGCUUGCCGCCAGGUUUAGGAAACUGGGAUAAUUCAUGCUAUCAAAACAGCAUAAUCCAGGGGCUGGCUUCUCUACCGUCAUUUGCGGAGUUUUUGGAACGCAACAUCGACGCCCUUAGCGAGAAGCCCGCCUUUUCGACACACCAAGCUCUUAAAGGGAUUAUUGAACGACUGAAUAAUGCAGAGAACUACGGACAGCGACUAUGGACCCCCCCGGACCUUAAAUCGAUGAGCAGCUGGCAACAACAGGAUGCGCAGGAAUACUUUUCGAAGGUGGUGGACCAGAUAGAUUAUGAAGUGCACCAAGCUACACGACGGAAGACACGCAACCUGGGGCUGAAAAUGGCAGGGCCUCAAGAACACGUCAUCGGGUCCAACUCAGUGCGAGAUUCAUCGAAUGAUCUUACUACCAUAAGCCCACACGCGGAGAACCAGUCUUUCCGCAACCCCCUAGACGGCCUUCUUGCGCAGAGAGUGGGUUGUAUGCAAUGUGGAUGGACAGAAGGGUUAUCUCUCAUCCCUUUCAACUGCCUGACGGUACCUCUCGGGUCGGGGUUUGAAUAUGACGUUCGCAACUGUCUGGAUCACUACAUGCAUCUAGAGCCGAUUGAGGGAGUAGAAUGUGCAAAGUGUACUUUGCUCCGUGCUCAAGAGCAGCUGCGUAACCUUCUACAACAGAUUGAGGAUGAUGGAAAACCUUCACAGACGCCUGAUUCGCCAAAAAUAUCAGAUGCGCUCAAAGCAUCCGCUGAGCAACGGUUGCAAGCGGUGCAGGAGGCACUAGAUGACUGUGACUUCACGGAGAGGACCUUGUCAAAGAAAUGCCACAUCCCCUCGAAAAACAGAGUUUCCACAACCAAGUCUCGGCAAGCCGUCAUCGCUCGGCCCCCUAAGUGCUUUGUAAUUCAUAUCAACCGGAGUGUCUUUGACGAGCAUACUGGAUUGCUGAGAAAAAAUUAUGCGGCGGUUAAGUUUCCCAAAUCCUUCGAUCUUGGCGAAUGGUGCUUGGGAGCGGAAUCCCGAGGUUCUAUUGACCAAAGCAUCGAAAACUGGGGCAUUGAUCCCCGGGUCUCGAUGCUUCCACAGACAGGGGUGAUGAGGGAUACCUUUGGACACCACUAUGAACUACGUGCGGUGGUCACGCACUAUGGUCGCCACGAGAAUGGUCACUACAUAUGUUACAGAAAGCAUUCGACUGGCACCUUUCCUGCUCACGUUCCAGAUGCAGUGUUGGAGGAAGAUGGUGAUAAGGAAAAAUCCGAGCGUUGGUAUCGGCUUAGUGAUGAGGAUGUCCAAAUGGUCAGCGAAGGCAGUGUCAUGUCUCAGGGAGGGGCUUUCAUGCUAUUCUACGAGGCUGUCGAGGCUUCCACGUGCGAUGCGCGGGAGCUGGAUAUCAAUGAAGUCGAAAACUCAGGGACCGGCUCAAGCUACACGUCCCCUGAAGAUAUGUCUUCUAACACAUCGAGAGCCACUAGCGUCUCAACUUCUGAGAGGAUUGGCCUGGAGUGUGAAAAGGUUAGCCUUGAAGUUGAUUGA